UGAAAUUAACUAUGUCUAAUCAUCCCUAAUCCUAAUAACCAUAACCAAAAACUCAAGCUCCUUAACCAUAAGCUAGAACAGUUGCUCCAACCUAUCCAAAUGCUGUCUUACCCCCAGCAUAUCCAAAUGCCUUCUAGCCACCAACUUAUUAUCCAGCUUCCCCAGUUAGAUAAUCUUAUGUGGCUCCAGUUUAAUAUGCACCAGUGGCUCAAGUGCCUGUUGCUCCCAUCGCCUCUGUUCCAGUUUAGCAAUACGCCGUUGCACCUGUCGCUCCAGUUGCUUAAGUAAAUUUUGAAUUUAUUCUUAGCAUCAAUCAAUCAAAGGCGAAUCAAGAAUCGAAUAUGUGCCUUAUUAAAAAGCCGUCAUCGAAUACGAAGAAUAAGAAGUCGUCUCCUAUGUUCCAAGAGAAACCAGAGUGACUGAUUACUAUGCAGUUGAAUAUCAAACAGAAUAUAUCCCCCAAGUUUUCCAAGAGAAAUAUACCGGUAUUUUAAUAUAUAUAUAUAUAUCAUAGAGUAUGUACCCGUCGAUAGAUACUAAGAAAGAGUUGAGUAUUAUCCAGUGGAAAGAUAAGUUGUUCACUAAUAACCUACACAAUACGUGUAAUAAGCUGUAUCUGUAGUUCAACAACCAUAACCAUAUGUCUAACAAUCUGUUCAAUAUGUUCCACAACCAGUUUAAUAUGUUCAACAACCAGUCCAAUAUGUUCAAUAACCUUUGAUUGCAUCAAGAAUGGUCCCACAAUUCGCAUAGCCACUUCAAUAAUACCCUCCUGCUCCUGUAGCCAGACCUUAGCAACCAUCAUAAUAACCACCUCAAUCCCAUCAACCAUCCCAUUAGCCAUCCCAUCAACCAUAAUAAGUGCCAUCUCAGUAACCAAGAUCACAACCAAGCCAAUAGUAAUAGUCAUAAUAACCAUGA